AUGGCGACAACAACUAUUACUCAAAUUGAAUUCCAAUCCUUUCACAAUGAUUCUUCACCUUGGGUAAUAAGCACACAUGGAGAGUCCGAUCCAGAAGAUAUCAGACAAAAUACGAUUCCACUUACCAACGCCGUAGAAGUUUUACAGAAAUGGAAUUACCCUCGUCAGAAUAUCUUCCGAGUUGGAGCUUCGUUUUGGGGAUUCUUCCUCAUGGGAAUGAAUGAUGGUUCUUAUGGUGCCUUGAUACCAUUUGUAGGUCACCUGGAACAAUACUACCACCUAUCUUACACAGUCAUCUCCCUGAUCUUCCUCUCUCCUUUCGCCGGCUAUACUUUCGCAUCACUAAUAAACGACCGCGUGCACGUGCACUUUGGUCAACGAGGUGUAGCCAUCAUUGCCAGUCUAUGCCAUCUAAUUUCCUACAUAGUCCUCUCUCUUCAUCCUCCAUAUCCGGUUCUCGUCGUCAUGUUUGUUUUCGUAGGAAUAGGUAAUGGAUUAGUGGAUGCGGCCUGGUGUGCGUGGCUUGGUAAUAUGGCAAGUGCCAAUCAAGUUCAGGGAUUUUUGCAAGCUUGUUAUUCAUUUGGGGGGACGGUAGCACCAUUGAUUGCGGCUGGGAUGUUGGCAAAGGCUGGGCUGGAGUGGUAUUAUUUCUAUUAUAUCAUGACCGCAGUAGCAGCCACCGAACUCAUUACCUCUACAUGGGCAUUCUGGGCUCAGACAGGUCAUAUCUACGCAUCGGAGAAUCCUCGAGAUGUAAAUGCCAAGACAGGAAGACUUCGAGAAGCUUUAAGCAACAAGUUAACCUGGAUAUUCGCAGCUUUUAUCUUUGGAUAUGUAGGAGCUGAAGUAUCCCUUGGAGGCUGGAUCGUAACCUUCAUGACUCAAGUCCGCUCCGGCACAACCUUCUCCGCAUCCCUAACAUCCACCGGUUUCUGGGCCGGCAUGACAGUCGGACGCAUGUGUCUCGCCUUCCUAACCGCCUGGCUCGGCGAAUUCACCUCCGUACUCGUCUAUCUGGGAAUCUGCAUCAUCCUCGAACUUCUCUUCUGGUUCAUCCCUUCAUUCUACAUCUCCACCGUCGCAAUCGCUUUUCUAGGCAUGUUCCUCGGUCCUUUGUUUCCCACAGCCAUCGUUCUGGUUACCAAAUUGAUGCCCAGGGAAUUGCAUGUAGGGAGUAUUGGAUUCGCGACGGCGUUUGGAGGGGGUGGUGGGGCGGUGUUUCCAUUUAUUGUGGGGGCGCUGGCGCAGGCUAAGGGGGUUAAGACGUUGCAGCCGGUGGUGUUGGCUCUUUUGGUGGCUAUUUCUGGAUUGUGGAUGUUGGUUCCGAGGAAGGGGAAGAGAGAUGAAACGGUCACGGAAGGGGAAGGUGGGUCUAGAGGAGAGGGAGAGGGAGAGGGAGAGGGAGAGGGUGUUCUCGUGACUAAUUGA